UUUCGACUGAAACGUCAGUAUGAAGCUGACUACGGCGGCAAUCGUUUAAACACAUACGUAGUGCAGUGAAAUGGGGGACUUCCGAGUGACCGGUGCGACUCGACUGUAUUUUAUCUUGUUCUGUACAAUUAUUAAAGCUGUUAUUAGUACGGGCAUGGGAAAAUGUCCGAUAUACCCACAGUUCCCGAAUUUCGAUAUGACAAGGAUGUCAGGAACGUGGUACGAGGUGGAGAGAUCUUUUCAUUUAAUAGAGAUCGCGGCAAGUUGCACAGAAAUACACACCAGUAUCAACGAGAGGGGGUACUUCGUCAUCAAUGUACACACCACUAACAGAUGGACUGGAAACCCAUCAACAUCUUAUGGACUUGGAAUUCCAAGUCACACUGGUUCCUCUGCCUUCCGUUAUAAACUCAAUAAUCGGAUGCCAUACGUAAUUGGACGUAUGUUACCAGGCGCCGGACAAUACAAUGUAUUAUUUACAGAUUACGAUAAUUUCGCACUCAUUUGGUCCUGCACCAAUUAUAGCAUUGCACAUUCAGAUCGCAUAUGGGUGUUAGGCCGGGAACGCGAAAUCGACGCUACUCUUCGUGCCCAGAUUUACGCUAUCAUGCAAGAACUGAACCUAGACCCCGAUCGACUUAUUAUCUCUAAGAAUAACAAUUGUACCAGUGUACCUUACAGUGACACACAAUAUACGUAAACCUUACAUAAAUUAUUUUUCUUUUUUACCAUAA